AUGAGUGACAACUACCAAAGCCACCGACAACCACCGCCAUUCUUGCCGGAGGAAAUCAUCUUCCAGAUACUCUUGAGGCUUCCGGUGAGAUGGCUUCUUGAGUUGAAACGUGUUUGCAAAUCAUGGAAAACCCUAAUCUCCAAUCCCAUAUUCACAAAGAGUCACCUUCAAAACCUAAAGAUGAAUCCAAGCAUAAGCCACCAACAUAUAUUCACUUCUCUUCUUAUCUACGAGCCGUCCAAAAUAGCAUAUUUUCCUGUGAAGCCAUUGCUCAAAAAUGGAUCAGAUCGUCCUACUACUAAACUUGUUGAGUUCUGCAUGGAAAAUAGGUUCCUUAUUAUUGGUUCAUGCAAUGGCUUGCUUUGUUUGUUUGAUAUGGAUCGAGGUUAUGUUAAGUUGUGGAACCCUUCUAUCGGAUUCGAAUCCAAAAAAUCUCCAACCCUUGAUUCUUAUCAUAAAUGGAGUAUCACAUAUAAUGGCUUUGGCUAUGAUCAUAUUAAUGACAAGUACAAACUACUUGUAGUUGUGGGUCGUUCGGGUUUUAAUUAUAGUGAAAAAGUGACACAAAUUUACACUUUUGGUGGAACUUCUUGGACAACUAUUCAGAACUUCCCUUCAGCUUCCGCCAUGAAUUUCGUAGGAAAAUUUGUGAGUGGCACUCUAAAUUGGGUGAUUAUUAAAUCUAACCAAACUGUGAUUCUUUCUUUUGAUCUCGAGAAGGAGACUUAUAAGGAAGUGUUGCUGCCUGAACAUGAUGGUGUCGAAAUUCGCAAUACUAGAAUUGGUGUUUUGAGUGACUGUAUUUGUGUGUGUUUUGACUCCAAACAAACUUAUUUGGAUUUUUGGGUGAUGAAAAAAUACGGAGUUGUUGAGUCCUGGACUAGAUUGAUGAUGAUCCCUUAUGAGAAAUCAUGGCUUCGUCGACAAUCAUUCGCGCCGCCUUCUUUUAUUGAACUCUUGUUUAUUUUUGAAAAUACUAUUGUUCUGCUGAGAACAUUUACCAAAUUUGUGCUGUAUAACUUAAAUAAUGGUAGCUUGGAUUAUAUUCCAGAUAUCCAAUUUCUAAAUGAUCAUCAUAUUUACUACGAGACUCUUGUAUCACCACAAUUCUAA